AAGCCAUAGCCUCAGGUGUGGGUCAGAGGAAGAUCCUGGGGCGUCUCCACCAUGGCCUGGACCCCUCUCCUGCUCCCCCUGCUCACUCUCUGCACAGGUUUGGUGGCCUCUUCUGAAGUGACUCAGCCCUCAGCAGUGUCUGUGUCCCUGGGACAGACAGCCAGGAUCACCUGCCAGGGAGAGGCCAUAAGAAAAUAUCUUCCUGCCUGGCUCCAGCAGAAGGCAGGCCAGGCCCCUGUAACAGUCAUCUACGGUGACAAGAACCGGACUUCAGUGAUCCCUGACCGAUUCUCUAGUUCUCACUCAGGGGACACCAACACCCUGACCAUCAGCGGGGCCCGGGCUGAGGACGAGGCUGAUUAUUACUGUGCAGUGUGGGAUGGUAGUGCUAAUACUUGGGUGUUCGGCGGAGGGACCCGUCUGACCGUCCUGGGUCAGCCCAAGUCUGCACCCUCAGUCACCCUGUUCCCACCCUCCUCUGAGGAACUCAGCAACAACAAGGCCACAUUGGUGUGUCUGAUCAGUGACUUCUACCCUGGAGCCGUGACAGUGGCCUGGAAGGAGAAUGGCAGCCCUGUGUCCCAGGGUGUGGAGACCACCAAACCCUCCAAACAGAGCAACAACAAGUAUGCGGCCAGCAGCUACCUGAGCAUGUCAGCCAGCAAGUGGAAGUCUGCCAGCCAGUUCAGCUGCCACGUGACGCACGAUGGCGCCACUGUGGACAAGACAGUGGUCCCCUCAGAGUGUUCCUAGGACACUGAGCCCCCAUAUUCAGGGAUCCUGCUCAGCCAGAUUGCCUGUUCCCCACCUCUCCACUGUAGUCCAGGGACAUCAUCCAUCCCAGUUAUUUCUGAGAGGACACAUCUCACCCCUGUCCCUGUUCUACUUCUCUUUAAUAAAGACCUUAUCAUCUA